AGUAAACAAUCAUGUAAAACACCAAAAACCUUAUCCGUAUUACAUUCUUUAGCUUUAAUCCAUUCAUAUGAGUGAAAUUAGAAGCGAACUUGCAAGUUACUUUUCGUGUGUUCAAUUCUUGAAUAGUUAUGAGCAAGUGGGAGAAUCUGUUCUUGAUAUCUUCUUUUUCAUUUGUCGAUCGGUUAUUGUCAUCUAUAAAAGAAGGCUCAACCCUACACACAAAUUUUCUCAUCUAUUUCUUCCCUUUCGAACCAUGACUAAAGGUGGAUUUGCAAUGACCAUACAGACUUUACUUGCUAGGAGGAGGAGUAGCAUAAUUUCAAAGGCAAUGGUGGAACGCUGCAUGAGCAAGGUAGCCAAAGGAAAUGAAUGUUAUGAUUACGAAGAAAGUGAAGUACAAUCACAAUCAUUGAAGAAUAAAGUACAAGGAGAAAAGAAAGAAUACGAUGAACAUGAAGAAGAAGAAGAGUGCUGGAUCCCACAUCGUCGUACGGGAAUAUAUUAUCCGAAAGGACAUGAAUGGGUGAUGGAAGAUAUUCCUGAUGGUGCUGCUUGCUUUGCUUACAGUUAUUGGCUGAGGAACAGUGAUAGAGAUGGAGUUUGAUGAUUUAUUAUAUGAUAUUUUAUAAUAUAGUGAAUCCUAUGUGGCGUUAAUGGGUGAACGUGGAUACUGGUUUUUAAGUCUUUUUAUCUAGGGUAUAAAACACAACAAUAAGAAAACAUUAAAACUAAAGAAGUGAGAUGUAAUGUAUAAUUGUACAAUUGGGAUAAGUCACCUAGGCUUACCUGAAAAUUUUGCAUCGCAACGCAGUCUUCAACUAUGCGGAUUUCCACACGAAUAAAAUUAUGUUGUUAAAAAUAUUGACAAAUAUUGUAUGAUGUUAAGCUAUACCGAGUGGGUG